CUGCCAUAAUUAAGCGUGCUAAUGAUAUGUGGAAAGACUGGAAGAACCGAUUAUGAGGAACUGUCCUGGAUAUGUAUGAUAAUGAUGGAGACAGGAAAAAAAAUUGCCCUAAUGGCGUAAAGCUAGAAGAUUGGGUCAAAUUCGUUGAUUACGAAUCUACAAAAGAGGCAAAGUCUCGUCGUGGAAAGGGAAAGGAAUCCAGAAGCGAAAUGAAGUUCCCUCACACGACUGGGCGACGGGGAUCUGCUAGGACGGCAGAGUUGAUUGAGCUGAGCAUCACAACGGAAAAAAUAAAAGACAUAGUUGCCAAUGACCCGGCUUGUAUACAUAAUGAUUUAAAUCAUGACCCGGUUGCACAGGUUUGUGGUCUUGAUAAAAGAGGACGUGUAAGGGGGUUGGGUCAUAUUGCAAAAACUACCAUUAUUGCUUCAACCCCUUACAUUAAUGAAAUUAGAGAAGGAAAGGGCGAAAUUGCUGAGGUUAAAGCAUCGAUAAUUGUAUUAAAAGAGCAAAUGGAAAAUAAGAUCAACGAGUGCAAGGACAUGAUAUUGACCAUUGGAGAACGUUUGCUUGAAGUUCAGAAUCAAAUAAAUACUCCAGUUCAACCAAUGCAAUGCUCUCCAAGCACUGCUGGUUCUCAGUCAGCUCCACCUCCACUUCUACGGGUGGAACAAAUCUGUCAUUUGACAGAUAUUUGUAGUCGAGUUGUUGCACGUGGGCGUCUGAUUAGAGAUAAUGCAGGCAUCCCUCCAGAUUGCAUCAAAGUUAUAUUGGAUGUUGUUGAAGUUCCCAGUGCGAAUGUGUUUGGUGACAUUGAGAAGACGUUAGCCGAUUGCGACGUGGGUGACGUUCUCGUUUGGCCUAGAGUGCUGACGAAAACAUAA